GUGUAAACAGUUGCAUACAAAUAAUUUUGGUUCCAUGAAGGUUCUUAGUUUUUGAUUGCAGUCAAAGGCACUGGGUGAGAAUGACGAUCAACAAAAUGGUACUGUUUUGGGUGAUUGUAUUCUCUGUAGACGUGGUUUUCUCUCAGACAAGUGAUACUACUGGAGACAAUAUGGUUCGAUUCAAGGGUGAUGGAGGAUAUCUCCAUUACGAUUUGUCUAAAUUGGGUCAGAUCCAUCAUGCAAUGAUACUUGAAGCUCAAAUUGAGAAUUUCUCCUUCAAUUUCAUCACCAGCCAACGAAAUGGUCUUAUCUGGAUGGACGACCGCAAAACGGAGCAACUUUACAUUGGAAUAAUUAAUGGCGACCUCGUCUUCGUCUUCGAUGAUCACGUGCGUCCAACGUCUAUCUCGAGGCUACGUUCUAGUUCCUCAAUUACAGAUUACGUAUGGCAUUCCUUUGAAGUUAAACGAAAUAAUCGAAAUUUGAAGUUCUUCAUAGACAGUCUGUUUAUAACUGAACUCGAUAUGUACAAGGAUAUCCAGUUCGUUACCAGUAGCCACUUAUACCUGGGCGGGGCUCCGAAUAUGACGUUACUUACUGGUGGAAGAAUGAGUUCCUCUUUCAAUGGUGCCCUCUACCUUGUAGAAUACGUGAAAACAGUGUCACAAAAGGUAAUACGAAUAAGCCUUUUUAACAACAUUAAUUCUGGCAGUGACAAGCACGGCGAUAUAACGAUCCAGAAAUAUGGCCAAAACGUGACUGACACCAAUCCUACAAUUCCAACUACAGCGGAGUACAUCAUCGAUGUCAUCGCUCUUCGUUCAGCGUCCGUGCACAUUCCUGGCUGGCUAGACCUCCGAAGAGGUGGCAGCUUUGGGUUCCGAUUCAGGACUUUUGACUUCGAUGCAAUUAUAUUCUUUAGUGAGCGCAUGAUGAAUCAACCAUUUGCACUAUUCAUCUCGUUAGAGUUGGUGGAUGGCAAGUUGUACUUUGUCUACAACCUGGGCAAUAUAGUAAAGAGAGCACAAGUUCCCGGAAGUCACGUUGCCAACGGUAACUGGCAUGACGUCAACUUAGUUUUUGGGAAAAAUAGUAUCGUUGUACAUUUGGAUGAAGAUAGCAAAAUUGUUCAGUUAACUACUGCGGAGCAAAAUCAGUUGAUGUUUAACAGAGGACUUUAUAUUGCUGGUCUACCUCCUAAACGGAAUUUUCCAGGAUACCUCUGGUCCCAACGGGGCUACCGUGGCUGCUUCAGCAAAUUAAGAAUUGAUGACAAUAUUACAAGUAUUCUUGGACCAGUAACAGUCAAUGACCAAACCGGCCUCAGCACAACCUGUCAACUGACUCCCCACUGUAAUCCAGACUCCUGCUUACAUGGAAUCUGUCGAGAAGGUAUGGAUAGAUAUGUCUGUAACUGUGAUGGAACCGGAUACGGAGGAAUGAGAUGUGACACUGUGGCUCCCAUUGGUCAAUUUCGAGGUGACACGUAUGUGACAUAUAGCUUCAGUUCAUCAUUUGUGUCCGGUACUCUCGACGUCAGUCUCAGAUUCAACACCAUGCUUGCGAAUACCUUUCUGUUUCAAACCGAGGCUAAUAAGAGAACCGAGUACAUCCGGGCGGAGAUAAAAAACGGUCGUCUGAAGAUUUCUGUAUUUGUUGGCGGUAAAAUCAAGGAGUUUUUCGCAGGAUCUAGACUGAACGACUUUUCCUGGCACACAAUGUACAUCCGACGCCGCGGAAGGAAACUAGAACUUUGGGUGGACAAUCAACAACACGUAACGGGAUACCUUGACAAAGAUUACCCAUCAUUUACGAUCGACAAAGUCCACUUCACUAACCAUAGGAAAAGCGCAAGCAUGUCUGAUUUUAUACCUUACAGUGGUUACCUCCAGAGCGUCAACAUUGGCGGUGUUCAUGUUUUAGAUAUUCUUAGGAGACGGGCAGAUGUCACAAUCGACUGGAUCACGAACAUGAAGUCAUCGAACACUCUGCACUUCCCUGUCUUUAAUCCAAUUACUGUCUUAUCACAAGAUGCGUAUGUGAAAAUUCCAAUAUUCACUUCCAGACAGGGACUUCAUGUUAUGUUCAAAUUACGUACUAACAAAAACACCGGUGUCGUGUUGGUUUUGCAAGAUCACACGGGCAUGUUUCUUUACAUAGAGGUCAUCGUAGGUCAUGUGCUGGUUGGGUUACUCGGAACAUCAAGGAAUUACUCAAAAAGAAUUGCGCGCCGUGUGGAUGACUCCCGUUGGCACGAUAUAGAAAUUAUAGAAGGAGAAACAGAGAUCGGACAGUCUCAGUAUCUAGUCCGUAUCGAUAAUGUUAGAACAAAUAUCAGCACGUUUAAUACUCCCGCUUUCAACGUCACUCAGAUGUAUGUAGGAGACGUUCCUGUCAAUAUGUUAAAGGAAAUCGGCGACAUUGGACGGUAUAUGCAUUCUAAGAUCGGGUUUGUUGGAUGUCUGUCCUCGGUCUACAUAAAUGGACAAACUCCCGAACUUGAACGAUUUGCCAGGAAUCCGUCCAUUCUCACAGGAACAUGUAAUCCUAACCAUCAAAUACCAACACCCGACACCGUAAUACAACAUACCCUACAGUUCCCUGACAAAGGAGGAUACGUGUCGUAUCGCCUCAGUAAUCUUGCUAAACAGUACCCUGAUAUAGUCCAACAGUCAACACGUAAUGAGACCUUUGACAUUCGUUUCCGAACCCGGCAACAAGACGGACUCAUUUGGAUGGAGAGAAGAGACGGUCAAACUAUCUACCUGGCUCUUAAGGGUGGGUAUCUUGUUUUUGGUAUAGACAGUGGCAUAGGAUCCCCACAGGUGUUGAAUUUGGGCUCACAGCGUAACCUUGCAGAUGGAGCGUGGCAUGACUUCAAAUUAAUGAAAAUUGGACGACAUUUGAAGUUCUUUAUCGACAAUCAACCGCCAAAAGAAACGUACUACCAAAACAUGAUUCAGCUAGCAUCUGAGGGAAAUGUGUAUGUCGGUGGAUCUCCAGACACAUUCUCCUACACCCGUGGUCAAGUCGCUACUAACUUUGAGGGACAGCUGUCUGGGGUUGAGUACAAGAAAGGAGCUUCAGAUACUUUGAUGAACCUCAUAUCUAACAUAAAAACACAGGGAAACGUACAUGGUCGUGUGACCGUAUCCAAUAACCUGGAUGUGCCAUUACCAACCAACUUUCCAAUCAGCCCUUCUCAACCUGACCAGACUGUUACGCUGCUUGACCAUGCAACGUUUCGCUCCUCCGCUUGGAAGAUAGGAAAUUACAUUGACCUAACAUCUGACGGAAUUGUUGAGUUCUCAUUCAGGACAUUUGACAGACGAGGUCUAAUCUGGUUUGCUAAACGACCGAAUUCCGACGUCUUCCUUGGAAUUGAGCUGUUUGACGGUAAAGUUUAUUUGAUAUUCAACUUUGGUCAAAGUGACAUUCGUCGACGACAGAUAUCAACCGGAACGGUCACUAAUGGUCAAAUAAAUGCCGUGAGAUUAGCAAUUCAGAACGAUGUCUUAACGGCGUCAGUAGGAAGUAACAUCGUGAAAGAGAACUUAAAUCCUCUAACAAAGAAUCAGAGAAAUUUCAACGGUGGACAAUUCAUCAGUGGCCUGCCGAGUUACCCCCCUUACAUCUGGUCCGGUGAAGGUUUCAAUGGGUGUUUGAUUAAUCUUGUUAUCACAGCAACGGCUACUGAGUUAUCGGGAUUAACGUCACUUCCGUCCAAUAAUACCAGUAUCAGUGCUGGUUGUGUAUCACGUGAUCCAUGUGGAAGAAAUCCAUGCAACCGCGGAACGUGCUAUAGCAGUCUGGACGAGUUCGAAUGUGAUUGUACUGCUACCGGAUACACAGGCCGGACUUGCUCCGAAAUUGCGGUAGUUGGUGGCUUUACAGGAAAUAAUGGUGCUAUAUAUCGUAAGACAGUUUCACAGAAGUCCUACACUAAUGACCUUGCCGUCCGCUUCAAGACCAUGUUCCCAAGAGCGAUUCUCUUCAAGACAUACUCAAACUCUAGUGAUGAUUACAUCAAAGGAGAGUUGGUGGAUGGCAGUAUUAAAAUUACAGUAUACAAAGACGGAAUCACUGACACUCAUUCCACCGGAUCGCACCUGAAUGAUAACACAUGGCAUAGCCUAUACGUACAGCGACGUGACGAGCGACUAGAGAUUUGGGUGGAUCAGCGACCGCACGUAUCAGGUACUCUCAGGGGGGAAGAUUUGUACAUCGACAUCAGCGGAAUCAUAUUUGGGAGCGGCUCCGGAAGUAGAACAGAGAUAAAUAUUGAUGACCAAUUGCCUCCUUUUAUUGGCUACAUGCAGAAUGUUUAUUUCGAUGAUAUUGACAUCAUUGGUAAACUUCACAGCGUUCCUAAUGUUGGAGUCACAUGGUAUAAUACCACCCCUACAGACGCGUAUGACCCUCUCAUAUAUGACUCUAUGACGUUAUCAUCCAAGGCAACCUAUCUUGAACUGGGCACACUUCCGGUCUCGACAGCUCUCCAUAUAAAAUUAAAAUUCAGAACCGGCCAGGACAAUGGUCUUCUUCUUUUUAACGAAGGCCGAAACGGAGAAUUCAUUGCCCUUGAACUUGUUCACGGAAUUGCUGUAUUUGCUUGCAAUACCGGAGGUAAUGACACGGUUAUCGGUCUUAAGAGUUCAGUAAACGAUAACAAAUGGCACAGCGUGGAGAUCAUGGAAACAGCAAGGAACAAUCAACGGUUUUAUCAGGCCCGGGUAGACAAAAUUGUGCAUUCGAUCCCCAUACUUGCUGAGAUGGAACCAACUCGCCCCCUCUUUCUAGGUGGGCUUCCACGGAACAUGUUCGUCACAAAUUCUAUCGUCAAGAAAACACUGCGUUCUGACAGUGGUUAUAUAGGCUGCGUGGCAUCAAUUUACCUCAACAAUGGGAAACCCAAUAUCGCCAGAUACACAAUGGACAAUAAUGUUGUCCUCAGAAGUUGCAAAGACAUCACGGGUUACUGUCCGCCAGUGGAUCCCUGUCAGCAUGGCGGCACAUGCAGUAUAGGUGUGACCCGCUACCACUGUGACUGUGAGGAAACAGGGUAUUCAGGUCCACACUGUGGUCUUCAUCCCAUAGGGAUUUACCUUGGUAAGCAUGAACAGCCAGGUGUGAUAACUUACACAUUAAAACAAAGUUUGACUUCGCAGCAAGAUUCCCUUGUUUUCGGUUUCAUGACAAAAAGAGCAGAUGGCACCCUGGUGAGACUGGAAAAUUUGUCCGGAACGGAAUAUAUAGUCAUACGUUUGGCUGGUGGUAGCUUAGUGGCUGAUUUCAACACUGGCACUGGAGUGAAAACUUUGACUUUGGCUAACAAGAGGUUCAACGACGGAAAAUAUCAUGUGGUACACUUCUACAGGGAUGAACUGGGAGCCCGACUUAAGGUUGACGGGGCUAUCAACACGAUUGACGGAUCACAGUCAUCUUUCGACCAGCUCAAGUACGUGUUUUUGGGUGGUAGGCCUUCAUCAGACGGAGGAAUCAAGGACGCCUUCUACGGAUUUCUGGGAGGUUUUUAUUAUAAUCGAAGAGGACUGAUUGAUCAAUACCUUGCCACGAACGAUACUGCAGGAUUUACAGUUACAGGAGAUACAAGUUUCGUUCAGGAUCACCAUUACGAACUCGUAUCACCAGGUUACUAUGGAUAUAUACAUAUCUCCCCUGAAAUCGGAGGUGGUGGUGUGGUUGGAAAGGCAGCUAGGGGGAGUAAGGAAAUUAACAUUGGAAACGGUGUACAUUCAGGUACAGACGGAGGGGGAGCACUGCUUCCGGAAUCUUUACUACCAGUUGUUGCGCAUUAUCAAAGAGGUGAGCCCUUGUCUGUUCCGAUAGGUGUAAGCAAACCUGGACCAAGGGCAGGUGCCCUAAUUGGCUCUAUACUAGGGACACUGGCAUUUGCGGCAAGUAUGCUUUGGGCUGUAUGGCUAUGCAAGCCUGGAGUUUUACCUUGUUGUGGAAAGGGUGGAUAUUUUGAUCUAGCUAAGAUAGGAUUCGACAUGGGAAAUGCAGCGGGUGGUGGAAGUGGUGUAGGUACCGGAGCAAGUGGUAUUAUAUCAAGUGCAAAAGUUACCAGUGAUGCCAUUUCCGGAGGCGUAUCAACAGGUGGUACCUCUCAAGUACAGGUAUCGAGUCUCUCCAUGGCAAAGUCAAUAAGUGGAUGCGAUGAAACAGAUGCUUAUGCUUCUUCUGGUGAUGGUGCAAAGGUAACCAUUGUAAACAGCGGUGCAAAUCUGAACGGUGGGGGUUCAUCAUGUGCAUAUUAUUCAACCACUGGUAAUUCUGAUUCUUCAGCGUCAGGUGGACAGUCGUCUUACAGUAGCACGGUAAACCAGUCGUUGGGGAAGUCUAGUGUGAAGAGUUCCAAAGUGUUCUACUCUUCAACAUCCGGUGUAACACUCGUAAAUGACGGCUUCAAAGAAGCUUCUAACUUCAAUGAAGAGUCUACUUGGGAUACCAGCACGAUGAGAUCUACAACAUGUCUUAUAGAUUCAGGAACGAUGAAGUCAUCGACGUCUUUGGUAGAUGCAGCAGGAUCUUCCUCAUAUUCUCACUCCGCUUCAGCAACAAACAUCACCUCAACUUCAACUGGUGACAGUGGUGGGACAUUCGUGCUUAACAGUGCUGAAGGUCAUGGAGAUUCGGCAAAUGCGGAUUACGAUUUUCCGAUGGGAUAUAACGAGACAUGUUCUAACUACACGAGCAGUAAAACAUUGAUACAGGAAGGUUUUAAUUCAUCCUACACAUUCCAGGGAGGGACUGGAGGUAAAAAUGGACAAUUGUCUUACUCGCCUCUAACUGUUACCCCCGGGGCAGCAGGGGAGGAAGUGCGAGUUGACUGCUGCUUCGUAACUGGCGAUGGUUCAAGUGUUGUGACGGGAUCCACCUCUGGUCCGCCUCAGGUCUGGAACAUGCAGACAGGAGAACUGUUGAAAAUAAUGAAGGGUGAUACCAUGGGAUCGUCCAACCUCCAUUUGGCCUGUUAUGACAGUCUCCUCGUCGGAACCGUGCAAGCUGACCUUGAUGUUAAUGCUUUUUCUAUCGGGAAAGGUGUUACCCACAAAAAGUUACAGGUAUGGAACUUUGUCACGGGAAGACCGUUGGAAAUGGGUCCGUCAGAUACUUGUUCAGCCAUCUGCUUGACUGAUGACAAAGAAUCUGUUGUUUUUGCCAAAUCUGACAAAUUUGGAAACGGUACCAAUAUCACCAUAUGGGACCUAAUGGGAAAUCAGAUACAGAAACAGUUUAGACAUGACGCCCCAGUGGGCAACAACGACUACAUUAACUUCCUGUCGCUGUCCAGUCAAGACAAGUAUUGUGUAGCUGGCUUCACAAACUCCUUCGACAAUCAGAUCGAAUUUCUUACAUUUGACACGUCAACGGCAACUGGCUUGAUUAAAAACCCCAACAUCCUUAAACUUGAUGCGUUCUCAGAUUGUACCGUUUUGUUACCACGUGAUGAGGCAGUGACUGGUCUGAGAGAUGGUAGUCUGAGAGUUUGGAGUUUGCGGACAGGACAAAAACGUCGUAACCUUUUGGAUGGUUCGGAAUCACAUGGCCAUGCAAAUGCUGUAACGGCGUUAGCACUGUCACAGGAUCAGAAGUUUUUGGUUUCAGCGUCAGCAGAUAAGACACUAAAGGUUUGGGAUAUGGACAGAGAACAACUCUCUAGAACCCUUACAGGACAUUUAGACGAGGUUUGGUGCACGGCGAUCUCGCAAGACGGCGAGAUCGUAGUAUCUGGUUCCCGUGAUGGAUCAAUUAGACUUUGGCGACUUGAAGACGAAACUGAGAUCUGCGCAUUCCCAACCGGUAUCGACGUGUUUUACGUCACAAUGAGUCAUGACAGAGGUACCGUUGUUGCGCUGGGUGAUAAAUACAGCGCACGCAAGCUGAUAAUGCUUCAAGUUGUCCACACCAAAAUCAGAAAAGAAAUAGUCCCAUGAGACGAGUAUAUCAAUAAUGGAGUGAACUGGUAGUUACGAACAGUUUUUUUUAAGAAUCUAAAUCUAUAAAUGUACUCAUAUGAAGCGCAUAGACUUAAAACAGUACCCAGUCUCUUAUUGUUUGAAAGUAAAUAAAAUUCAUCGAAUGUGGUAAAGAUUUAUUUUAGUAUAAUUUUGAAUCGAAAAGAAAAGUUAAAAUAUUCUGUGACACUUAUCGAGCAAUGAAUAAAGAAUGUCAAUAUUAACCAAGUUCUAUGUUUAAAAACUUCUCAUACGGAAAGGUUUAGCUGAGGGAACAAUAAACGAGAUGAAUUGGGUAUUAAAUAUCUUAUAAACUGCAACCAAUCUUUAUGCAAUCAAAA